UUCCUCCUGAUUCUGGACAGAGGGAGAGAAAGCAUGAUAGUAACAUAGAGACGGAGAGAGAAAGAGAGAGGGAGAGAGAGGAGUAAGGAGGGGUGAGUGAGCUCCUUGCCGGCUGCAGACUUGUGAUAGGUCGAUUAACAGCCUUCCCUACUGUUUGUGUUUGUGUGUGCGCGCGCAUGCAUGUGUGUGUCUAUGUGUGUACAUGCGUGUGUGUGUGUGUUUGCAUGCUUGAGAGACUGAGAACGCUAGGGGAACUGAGCGAGAGCGAGAGUGAGCGAGAGCAAGAGUGAGCGAGCGAGCAAGCAAGCAAGCAAGUAUAGAGAAGUUGGAAAAAGUGACCAAAGACGCAGGGCUCGCCACAAGAAUGUCUCUGCUGCCAGGGCUCUGUCACAGCAGCUGGGUUUUCAGGAAGUCUAGGAAGGGAGAGUGAGAAGGAAGGCAGGCAAGGAAGGCAGAAGUAGAAGUGAUGAUGAUGAUGAUGAUGAUGAUGAUGAGGAGGGCUGUGGACUGAGGACUGUGGAUGUUUUCCUCCGGUAGACUCUCUCUGAAACCCCCUCCUCCUCUCCCUCUAUAUGGCGACUGAGGUGAAGGCAACGAGACCGGUCAUAGAUGAGAUUAUGCAGCAGGAGAUUAGGCCACUGCUGGCAGUGGAUAUUAUUGAGCAGCUUCACCGGAAAUUUGCCCUCCUAUCAGGGGGCCGCGGAAAAGAUGGCGCGCCCAUCAUCACAUUCCCAGAAUACUCUGCCUUCAGCGACGUGCCCGACGAUGACUUCUUGAAUGUCGUCACAUACCUGACCAGCAUUCCCAGUUUGGAUGCUGCGAGCAUUGGCUUCGUCAUCAUCAUUGAUCGUCGCAGGGACAAAUGGAGUUCGGUCAAGGCCUCCUUAGCCAGGAUAGCGGGUGCAUUUCCAGGUCACCUGCAGCUUGUCCUGGUCUUGAGGCCCUCCCGGCUCUUCCAAAGGACUAUCGCCGAUAUCGGCAUACGCUUGCACCGCGAUGACUUCAAAAUGAAGGUACCGAUUGUCAUGCUGAACUCCCUGUCUGACCUGCAUGGAUACGUGGACAAAGGCCAGCUGACGUCUGAGCUGGGUGGAAAUCUUGAGUAUUGCCAUAGUCAAUGGAUCCAUCACAGAACUGCCAUCGAGAACUUUGCUGUGACAGUAAAAACCACAGCGCAGAUGUUGCAGAAGUUUGGCACAGACCUGGCCGAGACAGAACUUCCUAACGAUGUGCAGUGCACUAAAGAUCUGCUGGGCACUCAUACAGACAAGCAUGACAAACUCAAGGAUGAACUCAAGCUGUCCAUGAAGCAAGGAACGACUCUGCUGUCCUGCAUCAAAGAGCAGGCCAACAAAUCCGAAAGCCACAAGUUGAAUCCAGAUGAAUCGGACAACUUGACCACAGUGGAAAGGUUACUGGCGCAGCUCGAUGAGACGGAGAACGCCUUUGAGCACUUCUGGUCCAAACACCACCUCAAACUGGAGCAGUGCCUUCAGCUACGCCAUUUUGAGCAGGACUUUAGAGAGGUGAAAGUCUCCCUGGAUGGCUUGAUGGAGUCGCUGGCCGCGCUGUCGGACAUCGGGGACUCUGUGGGGCGCGUGGAGCAGCUGCUGAAGGAACUGAAGGGCCUGGAGGACAAGGCUCAGGAGUUUUUGGAGAAAGCCCAACGACAUGCCUCUUAUGGCGACCAGCUUAUCCAAAGCAACCACUAUGCUGUGGACUCCAUCCGGCCAAAGUGUGUGGAGCUCAGGCGCGUCCGCGACGACUACAACAAUGAAGCCAAGAAGAAGCAUGACAUUCUGUCCAAAUCACUUGAGAUCCACAAGGGCAUCGACAAGGUGAACCAGUGGUGUGAGUCUGGCGUGUACCUGCUGGCGUCUCAGGCGGUGGAUAAGUGUCAGUCUCAGGAGGGGGCCGAGGCUGCGCUGCAGGAUAUCCAGCGCUACAUGGAGACGGCCGAGGAGCAGCGUCUGAGCGCGCUCAGAGACCUCUACAACCAGCACGAGCUCAUGCUCUCUGACUACAUCAAAGUUAAUGUUCAGAGGGCUCUGCAGAGGCUGCAGGAUGUGCAGGAGAUGUUUGAGAAGAGGCACGCCAGCCUGAAGAAGCUGGCAGCCAAGCAGACGCGGCCUGUGCAGCCAGUGGCCCCGAGGCCUGAAUCGUCACCCAAGCGCCCCUCGCCCAAGACACCUCGGCCCCCCACCACCACAACGAAUCGAAGAACUACAGAAAACUCAAGUGUCACUAAGCAGAAUGCUGAAGCUGAUCUGGCUAAGCGGAAAAACAUCCGUAAAGCCAAAGGUGGCAUCAAGAUUGAAGUUAUGCAUGAGGCCAGCCAAGGAGGUUCCAGUCACGUGCUGCUGGCUACUGAGACCGAGGAGAGCCUCUCAAACAGACGCAGGCACAUUAUGACAGAGCUGAUCGAGACAGAGAGGCUGUAUGUGGAGGAAUUGCAGAGCAUCAUUGAGGGAUACGCUGCUGAGCUGGACAACUCAGAGCUCUCUCACCUAAUACCCCCGACCCUGGAGAACAAAAAAGACGUCCUCUUCGGAAACCUGCCAGAGAUCUAUGACUUCCACAAUCAAACCUUCCUGAGAGAGCUGGAGAACUGCUGUGAGAAGCCGGAGCUGGUGGGAACCUGCUUCUUGAAAAGGAAAGAAGAGCUUCAGAUCUAUGAGAAGUACUGCCAGAACAAGCCGCGCUCUGAAGCCCUCUGGAGACAGUGUGCAGAUAGUCUCUUCUUUCAGGAGUGCCAGAAGAGGUUGGAUCACAAGCUGUCACUGGACGCAUACCUACUGAAGCCAGUGCAGAGAAUCACCAAAUACCAACUCAUGCUGAAGGAGAUGCUGAAAUGCAGCAAGAACUCUGAGGGAACCGUGGAGCUGGAGGAGGCUUUGGCCACGAUGCUGGACAUCAUCAAGUCUGUCAAUGACUCCAUGCAUCAGAUCGCCAUCACUGGCUUUGAGGGCAAUCUCAGUGACCUUGGCAAGCUGCUCAUGCAGGGCUCGUUUAACGUGUGGACGGACCAUAAAAAGGGCCACAACAAAGUGAAGGACCUGGCGCGCUUUAAGCCCAUGCAGAGGCACCUCUUCCUGUACCACAAGAUGCUCCUCUUCUGCAAGAAGCGGGAGGAGACCACCGAGGGUCACGAGAAGUCCCCCUCGUACAGUUUCAAGCAUUCCCUCAAGAUGAGUUCUGUUGGAAUCACAGAGAAUGUGAAAGGUGACAUUAAGAAGUUUGAGGUGUGGUACAAUGGACGGGAAGAAGUCUACAUCAUUCAGGCCCCCUCCAUGGAUGUGAAGAGCAUGUGGGUGUCGGAGAUCCGUAAAGUGUUGACGUGUCAGCUGGAAGCAUGCAGAGAGGCAAGCCAACUUCAUCAAAGAGUCUCAGAGAAUAUUUUCCAUGCUUCAAUGAGGAAUACUCACAAGAUUGCCCUGAGGCAGUCGGACUCCUCCAGUCCCGAGGGUGGCUUUAGGCGGAGCAACCCCAGCCCCAACAUGCGGCAGAAGAGAGGUCGACUUUCUUCUAGCCUUAAAUCCAAGAGACACGAGAUUAAGAGUGACCCCACACCACUAGGUUAUGAAGAUUUGCAUGGGAGGGUUCCAGCCCAAAACAAACAAAAAGGUACCUCAAGUACCAAUACAGCUGUGCCUAGAUCCACUUCCCAACCAGGAUGGACUCAGCGCCGUCUGCCCUCCAUGGACACGGAGGAUUUCGAGACCAUACCGUCGAGCGCCGAAGAGCUCUCCAACUCGUCUGAUGGGGAAGAGGACAGCAAUAACAAAAAUGGGGAGAACGAGCGGUUCCAGGCCCAGCUGGCCUACGAGGCGAGGACAGGGCAGGAUCUGUCCCUGGAGUCGGGGGAGAUUGUGCAGUUCCUGGAAGAGGCGGAAAAUGGCCACUGGCUAGUCAAGAACCUUAUUACACAGAAGACAGGCUUGGUGCCUGCUACAAUGCUACAACCCACCGCGGGAAGACAUGAGCUUUACAGAAACACUGACAUCUUCAGUGACUUGUGCACGGCGGCGCUGACUGACUCGGAGGAGAAUGAGGACGAUGAGGCUGUGGGUGACAGGGCCCCAGCAGCACGCCGCCUAUAUUGCAUCUAGGAGCCGCCACUCCGCCAACCCACCUCCCCCCACCACCCCCGACUGACGACACCCCCUACCUACCUCCCUCCAUCCCUUCCCCACCUUUUUACUCUCAGUGCCAUGCAUCUACAAGCCAAUGCUGCAGGAUGGACACACGCCCCUGUAAAGAGACAAGGAAAAGACGACAAAAAUCAAAACCUCUUCUGAAGAAAAAAACAAAAGCACAAAGACACCUGAACAUCUUUAUAAGAAUGUCCCAUUAUCCCGUUGUAUGGGGCCACCCACCUCUGUUUUGCUGCUAAAGAAGAGAACAACAGCCAUAUUUUGAACGAGGGAGUGUGUGUGUGUGUGUGUGUGUGUGUGUGUGUGUGUGUGUGUGUGUGUGUGUGUGUGUGUGUGUGCGUGUGCGUGUGCGUGUGCGUGUGUGCGCGCGUGCGUGCGUGCGUGCGUGCGUGCGUGUGUGUGUGUGAAAGCGUUUGUGUGUGAAAGAGAGAGAUAGUGAAAUAGAGACACAGAAAAAGAGAGAUGGAGGCAGACAGAUGGAAAAGAAAAAGAGCCAGUGAGUGCAAGAGGCAGCAAAAUAAGGCAGCGAGUGAGCUGGCCUCCCCCUUGGCCUCUGUAGCCCCGUCUUCAGCUGCCAGCGUCAGGCAACAAAUUGCAUGACCAGUCAGCCAGGACCCCCCGGGAGAACCUCAAGCCUUCUUGUAAGCUGGUGCUCAGUGCUUUCAUUACCAAACUUUAUACUGUGCCUUCGCGGGGGCAAUAUUGUAGCCUGUCCUCCUUUUGGCUUAAAGUGCUCGACAAUUUCUUUUGAGGCCCGGGAAGCACUCCAGCGACGAUAUGGAUCACAAAAUACCGUGGUUUAAAAGAGGAAUGCGGGCCUACACUCACACGCGCACACACACACUCACACACACACACACACACACACCUCUGCGUGUGUGUCUCGCAAGCUGGAGCGAUGGCAUGACAAACUGUGAAUGGUCUGUAAAACUGGCAUUUUAUCGUGACUGGAAGGAAUUACUAUCAACUGUACUGUCCUGCUGAAUUUUUUCCACAUGUAUGAAGUGAUCUCUGCCUCCUCUCAAGAACACUUCAGUGAGAUUUUGUGUAAUAUAAGUGUAUAUUUGUAUUCUCUUUUCUCUUUCCUAAAUGUCAGCUGAACUUGUGUUCUACCCAAAGUGUAAGUACACCCUAUCUGAGGAGGGGUUUAAAAACAGAACAAUGUAAUUGAACCACAGUGAAUAAUGAAUUCAUUUUGGUCAAACAAAUUCAAUUUGCAUUUAUUGUGCUAAAAAUGGCUUAACAUGCCAUUCUCUGAAGUCAUGCAAACUGCCAUCAAGGCAGAUUCUAAUGUAGAUAUCUGUUCAAUUGUGGAGGCCCAUAUCUCAUGGUAUAGGCAGUCAUGGCCAAUCCUAACUCCUGUGUAUGGUCUUCACAAAAUGUAAAUCAUAUUCCCCUAUUAUCCCCAAAUUCACACAACACAUCCCCCAGUAAGUUUAUACUACGAGUAUGGACGCUCAGAAUUGUAGGGUAAACUUACACUUAAAAAUAAAAUAUCAUUUGACGGUUUCCAAGGUAAUGCUGUGUAUGUAAUGGUUUUGAAGGUUACUGAAUGACUUGUAAUGAUCCUACAAAGUCUCCGUCUUAAAACCUUUUUACAUGCACACUCAAAAUUGUCCCAGGCGAUGACACUUUACGUAAUAUAUCAGUUAAACACAAUAUAUUUACCACCUUAGCUCAGUAUUAUAGUAUGUCUGACCAGAUAUCAGAUAUUUGAACAGCAGUACUGUAGGAACUGGAGGUCGCAGUACUAUUUUGUUACAGUAUUGCUUACCUGAAUGUUUCCAUGUAAUUUUGUACAUAUUAUGUCAAUACUAUUACUCUUGAAAGUUUGCUUAAACUUUUGGCAAUUUACCUUUGUGGUGGAUUCGUACCACAGAAUGUUUUCUACAAUUUGCAAGUAAAACAUUACAAGUGCAAUGGUCCUCAUAAAGGGACAUCAUCCUGUUAUAGACACAGCAUCAUGCUUCUGAAAACAAAUCUUUCUCAAGAUGAAACUACAUGCUAGAAUUUCAUAUUUUAGCAGGCUGAUACACAUAGCUCUUUUGAUUUUUUUGUAAUUCAUUUUUAAUCACUCAAAUGCUUUUUCAAGAGACAAGUCAGCUGAUGUCAGUGGUCAUUUCCCAGAAUCGUUUAAUGGCUUUGUUUUGAUCUUUGCAGUCUCAAACGUAACUGAUUCUUCGAAAAAAAAAAUGUGGUUUGCAGUAUUGCAAUUAGUUGAUUGCAACAAUAGGACAUCCUUGAAUUUGCAUGACUGUAAAGAUGGAGAAGGAAGCUUGGCAGGAGCACAAUCUGGGAAGAACCAUUAUGGUGUUCUGCAAAUUGUUGGAUUCAUUUAAAAUGGCUAUAUCUUAUAUUUAAACGAACCACUGUUAUUUAAAAAACAAAAGGGUUUUCAGCAAAUCUAUUUGGACAUAUAAAUGGAAUGUAUAAGAAGUGUUAAGUACCUGUCUGUACAUUUGUAAGCAUAUAUAUAUUAUAAACAU